AUGUCUGCCUAUACCAUUUCCAUUGCAUUAAACGAUUCAAUCUUAGCUACGUGGACUCUAAAGAGAGAGCUUAAGAAUACGGGUGCCCAGCCCCCGCUUAAGGUUUGUGCGUAUGCAGGUGUCGAGUCUUCGCAUUCUCUCACGACUGGACAGUGCGAACCAUCCGAAAGGUACAUGGCCAACGAUGAUCUUUGCAACUUGUGUUUGGAAGCACUGACUAUCGAUGAUGAGGCCGCCGGUGGUUCAGUAUGGGAACACUCCAAUGGCGUAAUCACUUUAAAUUUAUCGGGUUUUGCAUUGGACAAUCGGUGGCUUGUAUCCAGCAACGUAGUUAUAAGAGACCUCGACAGUCGGCAUCUUGUGGAUAAAAUGAAAAAACUCCGCUUUUCUUCGAUCCUCGAACCCGAUCUAAAACGACAUGAAAACGGUUGGGAGUGGCAGGAUACAUAUUACGAUCAAACUAUGGAGUAG